AUGUUUUACGAGCCCGGCGUGACCGAACACAACCUGCCGCGGGAUCCUUUCAAGGCCUGUGUCAUUCCGCGACCGAUCGGGUGGAUCUCGACGCAGAGCAAAGACGGCCAAGCCAACCUGGCGCCGUACUCGCAAUUCAACAAUCUCACGUUUGACCCGCCGUACGUGAUAUUCUCGUCCAACCAGACGGCCGAAGGCAGCCGCAAAGACACGGUGGUCAACGCCGAGGCGACGGGCGAAUUCGUCUGGAACCUGGCCACCUGGGAUCUGCGCGAGGCGGUCAACGUCUCGGCCCAGCAGUUCCCCUACGGAGUCGACGAGUUCGAGCGGGCGGGGGUGCACAAGGAGGCCGCCCGACUGGUCCAGGUGCCCAUGGUGGAAGAGUCCCCGGUCAAGUUCGAGUGUCGCUACCACUCCACCGUGCGGCUGCCCGGCAAUCCGCCCAUGGGCACGGUGGACGUGAUUAUCGCGCGGGUGGUGGCGGUCCAUAUCAAGGACGAGGUGCUGACGGACGGUAUCUUGGACGUGCGCAAGACGCAGCCGAUCGCGCGAUGCGGGUACUACCAGUACGCGGUGGUGCGCGACACGUUUGACAUGCAGAUUCCGGGCAUGGGGGAGGUCAUGUUCGGGCUGGAAGGCAACGCACGGAAGAACCGCGAGUUCGGCGAUAAAACCGAAUGA